UGCAGGCGGGCAUUCUGGGGGCCCCGAGGCCCAGCGCCACCCUGGCCGCCGCCCCAACGCCCAGCCCGCCGUCCUUCGGCUGCUGGGGCUCCCAAGCCACGACUGGUCCGGGCCCCAGGCCAGACUAAACGGUGCCCGCCGGAGCGUGGGGCUGAUCCAGCAGUGGAUGGUGCCCACCAUCCAGAACUCCAUGAAGCCUUUCAAGGACAUGGACUACUCCCGAAUCAUCGAGCGCCUCCUGAAGCUGGCCAUCCCCAACCACCUCAUCUGGCUCAUCUUCUUCUACUGGCUCUUCCACUCCUGCCUGAACGCCGUGGCUGAGCUCAUGCAGUUUGGAGACCGGGAGUUCUACCGGGACUGGUGGAACUCCGAGUCUAUCACCUACUUCUGGCAGAACUGGAACAUCCCCGUGCACAAGUGGUGCUUCAGACACUUCUACAAGCCCAUGCUCCGGCGGGGCAGCAGCAAGUGGCUGGCCAGGACGGGGGUGUUCCUGGCCUCCGCCUUCUUCCACGAGUACCUGGUGAGCGUCCCGCUGCGCACUCACACAUGUUGA